AUGAAAACAGUGCUUGAUUUAUACAAUCUGCAGGAUGAUGUUUUAUUAUUAAAUAACGACGAAUUUUUCAAUUUUGUUAGACAAGUUUGUGGUGAUGUCGAAGCUGACAUACUAAAAGUACAAGAAGAUCUUGCUGGUGCGUUAAAAACAAAAAAUGAUACAUAUAAAAAACGAUUACAAGUCCAACGAGAGCUGUUGCCACCGUCAACAAUAAAUGGAAACAAUAAUAUUAGUAAAAUAACAUCAUUGACGACAACACCUUCGAUAACAAUGGUGACAUCAAAAUGUCUAACAGUGAAUGAUCAUAUAACAUUUAUUAAGGAAUAUAUUGAAAAACAUUCAAGAAAAAUUUUUGAUUCGAUGAUACUUAAAGAGGGCAAGCACUAUCGCUUAACAGUUACUCUGUCGGAUAAUACAUUUGAAGCCAGAAUUAAAUGUCAGUGUGACGGUACAUUGAAUUUGCCUUUACGUGUUGAUAAAACCACGUUUAUUUUAUCUAAUUAUUAUAAACAUCUUGGAGAUACAAAUUGUUCAAUGGUCAAACGGAUAAUGAGAGACGAAAAAAAGGUUGUUGAUAAUACAUCUAAUAAUAUAACGCCAUCAUUAUCACCACCAUCGAUAACAACAGCUUCGCCUAAUAGUGAUAAUACCAAAACAACGACAAGAGCCAAACGAAAACGCGAGCAUACUUGUUUGUCAACACCUUCACCACCAUCUUCAGCUGUAAAAAGAUCGAAGAGACAACGAAAAUAA